AUGGCGAAACAAAAUAACAAGCGACAAUUUUUAGUACCUGAGUAUGCAACAGAAAUAAGCAGUUUAAGUGAGUUUCUCGCAGAGUUUCGUGAUAAUUCAAUAGUAGAAAUUGAUAAUACAUAUGGUUAACGCAAAUAUAUGAUAGAGUUGGUAUGGUUUUAUUGAGAGUAAAAUAGCAAAAAAUUGCAAAUAGAUAAACUAAUAGGAUAGAUAUCUACAUCGAAGAUCUUGAAUACUUCUACAAUGAUAGAAUAGAUUUCGUUAAUAAAAUAAAGACAAAUACCUUAUCCUAUCAAAGAUUGCUAUAUGAUGCUUGUGAUAGACUUAUGCCUCAAUAAACUAGAGAUUUUGAAUAAAACUUUGAUUUAUUUGAUGAAGAGAUUAAUGCACAGAGACAAUAGAAUUUAGAGUAAGAUGGAAAUAAUAACCAAUAGAAGAGAUUACCUCCAGAAUUGAUUCGUAGAUAGUAUAUAUUAAUGUGUAUAAAUCUAGCUAACUUUUUAUAAUUCGAGGUCCAUAAACAAAAUAAUAAAUCUUAUCAAUACGUAAUCUUAAAGCUUAAUUGAUUGGCUCAUUAAUUACGAUAAAAGCAAUGGUUGUUAGAACAUCAGAAGUUAGACCAUAAAUUAUAGUUGCAUGUUUUUCAUGUGAUGCAUGUGGAUAUGAGAACUAUUAAACAAUUCAUGGCAAAACAUUCACUCCAAUGCUUGAUUGUGCAAGUGAUAAAUGUAGAGAUAAUAAAGUAAGAGGUAGAUUGAUAUUCAAUCAUGGCAGUUCUAAGUUUAUAUCUAAUUAAGAAAUCAAAAUCUAAGAACUUAAAGAAUAAUUACCUAAAGGAUCAAUCCCUAGAUCAUUUACAGUUAUGGCUAGAGGAGAUAGCAAUAUUAGAGUUUGUUCUCCUGGAGAUAUUGUUACUAUUUAAGGUAUCUUUUUACCUGUUGAAAAAGAGGGAUUCUUUGCAAACAAAACCUAAUUUUAUAGUACAUAUAUAGAAGCAUUUCAUAUUAAAAGAGAUAAAAAGAAAUUCAAAGAAAUUGACAUAGAAAGUGUACAUGGUCAUAAGAUUUUUGAAGAUAUUAAAAAAUAUCCAUUUAGUGAUUUGUAUAUGAAAUUAGCGAAAUCAAUUGCUCCUGAAAUCUUUGGAAUGGAAGAUGUUAAAAAAGCAUUAUUAUUAAUGAUUGUAGGAGGAGUAAGCAAAGAGAUGCAUGAUGGAUUAAAAAUAAGAGGAGAUAUAAAUGUAGCAUUAAUAGGAGAUCCAGGAGUAGCAAAAUCGUAAUUGUUGAGAUACAUAUCUCAAGUAUCACCAAGAGGAGUUUAUACAACUGGUAAAGGAUCUUCUAGUGUUGGUCUUACAGCCGCAGUUAUUAGAGAUCCAGUCACUGGUGAAAUGGCAUUAGAAGGAGGUGCUUUAGUUAUGGCUGAUAGGGGAGUAUGUUGUAUUGAUGAAUUUGAUAAAAUGAAUGAAAGUGAUAGAACAGCUAUUCAUGAAGUUAUGGAAUAAUAAACUGUUAGUAUUGCUAAAGCUGGUAUUACUACUACUCUUAAUGCCCGUACAUCUAUUUUAGCAGCUGCCAAUCCUUUAUAUGGAAGAUAUAAUAAAAAAUAAACACCACAUCAAAAUAUCAACCUUCCUGCUGCUUUAUUAUCUAGAUUUGAUCUUAUAUUCAUUUUAUUAGAUGAAAUCAAUCAAGAUGCUGAUACUAAAUUGGCAUCACAUAUUGGUAGAGUUCAUCAAAAUAAAUAUAAGGAAAUGGAACAUCAAGAUUUAUAUUCAGUUGAUGAAAUUACUACAUUUGUUGCUUUGUCUAAAUAAUAUGAACCUAUACUCACUUCAGAAAUACAUUAAUAUAUUGCUGAUUAAUAUGUUGAAAGAAGAAAAUAAACAUUUGAUAAAACACUUGAUGGAUAUUCUUAUACAACACCAAGAACUUUGUUAGCCAUCAUUAGAUUAUCAUAAGCUAUUGUAAUUAUUUAUACAUUUCAUAUUUUAGGCUAAAUUGCAAUUGGCUGAUAGAGUCACACAAAGAGAUGUUGAAGAGGCUAUUAGAUUGAUGGAUAUUUCAUAAGAAAGUGUUAGGAGAGCAUAACAAAUAGAUGGUAUCUAUUUUAUUUAUUUUUUAGAUACUGUUUAAAGAAAAGAUAAGACUGCUAAAUUAUAUGAACUAUUAUCAUCUUUAUGUAAUAAAAAUAAAGGAACAAUUAAUAAAGAUUAAUUUAUUAGAUAAGCUAUGAGCAAAGGAUCUUAAAUGUAAGAAAUUGAAGAGUUUUUAAAUACAUAUUCAUCACUUAACUAAAUUCAAAUUCAUGGAGAUCAAAACGAUAGAAUUACUCUAGUAUCAUGA